AUGGAGAGAGUCAAUGAGAAGGAGAGGAGGACGAAUAUGGAGUUUUAUAAGAAGGCUAAGAAAGAGGCGAAGUUAGCGGCCACGGCUACCAAAACUGCAACAUUUGAACGCCUGUAUGAGGAGCUAGGGGGUAGAGGUGGUGAUAAGAAACUAUUCUGGUUAGCCAAGGCUAGAGAGAGAAUGGCUUGGGACCUGGACCAAGUGAGGUGCAUCAAAGAUGAGGAAAAUAAGGUCUUGGUAGAGGAGGCGUGUAUUAGGCGAAGGUGGAAAAUGUACUUCCAUAGACUCUUGAACGAGAAUGGGGAUAGGACCAUUAAGCUUGGGAAGUUGGAAGACUCGAAAAGCAAGCGUGAUUUCGGGACGAAGAGGAUGCCCGAAGAGUGGAGGCAAAGUUUGAUAGUCCCGUUGUACAAGAACAAGGGUGAUAUCCAGAAUUGCAAUAACUAUAGAGGUAUCAAGCUGCUGAGUCACACCAUGAAAGUUUGGGAGAGGGUGGUGGAGAGGAGGGUUAGAAAUAGUGUGUCUAUUUUAGAGAACCAGUUCGGUUUCAUGCCAAGGCGGUCAACUGCAAAAGCCAUUCAUCUGAUAAGGAGGUUGAUGGAACAAUAUAGGGAGAGGAAGAAGGACUUGCAUAUGGUGUUUAUUGACUUAGAAAAAGCCUACGAUAAAGUCCCUAGGGAGGUUUUAUGGAGAUUUUUGGAGAUUAGCGGUGUCCCGGUAGCGUACAUUAGGGUGAUUACGGACAUGUACGAUGGAGCUAAGACUCGGGCGAGGACGGUGAGAGGUGACUCGAACUAUUUCCCAGUGGAGAUAGGGUUGCAUCAAUGA